UCUAGUUGAUAAUUUUUUUUUGUUAAUCUGUCCAGUUCCAUUUCCACUUUAGAUUUAUUUUCAAGCUGGUGCGACCUGGGAGAUUUGGAGAUAUAUUGAAAGCUUCUGCAUAUGUUAGAGGGUUAAAGUGUAUUUGUCACUGUUUGUGAGGUCAUAUAUCUUUCGAUUCGUUUGUGGAAAAAAAACUAACAGAAAAAUAAUCAAAGGCAGGGUUGCACUGUGAUUGCUGCUGUGGAAUGUUUUUAGCAAAGCCAGGGGUUGUGCUCCAGAGUGGUCUUCUGACUCGGUUGACAAACUGUGGUCUACUUGCUCAAGUUGAGCGGAGCUCUGGUUCCCUAGCACAACUGGGUUCCCAGUGCAGGUUGUUCAGCCACAGCAUGUUGGCUUAUGCUGAACUCACAGUGCCUCCUCCACAAGCUCUCUUCCAACCUUUUGUUGUACCCAAAAAACUCCUGCUGGGACCUGGACCUUCUAACAUCUCUGCCCGGGUCCAGGAGGCAGGGGGCAAGCAAAUAAUAGGACACAUGCACAUUGAAAUGUUUCAGAUCAUGGAUGAGAUCAAGGCUGGAAUUCAAUACGCCUUUCAAACAAAGAACAACCUGACUCUGGCAAUCAGUGGCUCUGGACACGCAGCCAUGGAAGCAGCCUUGGUUAAUGUGGUGGAGCCGGGAGAUGUGGUGCUAAUCGCAAUUCAUGGCGUGUGGGGUGAAAGGGCAGCAGAUAUUGCUGAGAGAAUUGGUGGAGAUGUCAGGAGAUUUAUAAAACCUCCUGGUGAAGAUUUCAACCUGCAGGAAAUUGAGCAGGCUCUGGUACAGCACAAGCCCAUUCUGUUUUUCAUCACACAUGGGGAGUCUUCCUCAGGCGUGGUUCAGCAAUUGGAUGGGAUGGGACCACUCUGUCGCAAGCAUAAAUGUUUGCUGCUGGUUGACUCUGUUGCCUCUCUAGGUGGAGCUCCUCUCUACAUGGAUAAACAGGGUAUUGACAUCCUUUACUCUGGAUCCCAGAAAGUCCUCAACUGUCCCCCUGGAACUGCGCCAAUCUCCUUUAAUGACAAAGCAUGCCAGAAAAUAUUUAAUCGGAAGAAGAAACCUACUUCAUUUUAUUUCGACAUGAGUUGGCUUUCAAACUUCUGGGGCUGUGAUGGGAGUCCAAGAAAAUAUCAUCAUACAAGCCCCAUCACCGGUCUUUUUGCUUUGAGAGAGGCACUUGCAAUUCUUGCAGAAACAGGCCUUGAGAAACACUGGAAACUUCACCAGGAGAAUGCUGAGUACUUGCACAAAGGCCUGCAGGACCUUGGUUUGAAACUCUUCGUCAAAGACAAGGCACUAAGGCUCACCACAGUCACAACAAUUGCGGUGCCUGAAGGUUAUGAAUGGAAAGACAUCACUGACUUUAUAAUGAAGAACUACCAGAUCGAGAUCACUGGUGGACUGGGACCCACGAUUGGCAUGGUUUUGCGUAUUGGAUUAAUGGGCAUCAAUAGUACAAAAGAGAAUGCAGAUCUUGUUCUCCGAGCUCUGAAAGAUGCCCUUAAGAACUGCAAGAAAUCCAAGUAAUGGUCAGAACCAUUGAACAGUUCCAGUACUAUAACCAGUCGACAGAAGAGAAAACUAAUCACUAAUGUAUAAGCAAUGAUAAAAAAAAACUUGUUCUAAUUGUAUCAAAACAUCAACAACCUUCGAGCUUCAAAAGGUAACUGUUUGGUUCAUAGUGCUAGGUGUUCAAUGAUAUUAACGAAAAGAUUCAAUAAAUCAAAUCUUUUGAAUUCAGAAAAUAA